AAAAAGUCCCUAGAGUCCAUAAACUCUAGGCUUCAGCUGGUUAUGAAAAGUGGUAAAUAUGUGCUAGGAUACAAGCAGACUCUGAAAAUGAUUCGGCAGGGCAAAGCCAAAUUGGUCAUCCUAGCCAACAACUGUCCUGCUUUGAGAAAAUCAGAGAUCGAGUACUACGCUAUGCUGGCCAAGACUGGUGUCCAUCAUUAUAGCGGCAACAACAUUGAAUUGGGCACAGCAUGCGGAAAAUACUACAGAGUGUGCACACUGGCUAUCAUUGACCCAGGUGACUCUGACAUCAUUAGAAGCAUGCCAGAACAAACCAGUGAGAAGUAAAUGCUGUAAAGGUGUUCUUUCUACAAUAAAACUGGUUACAGAUCUGUUCUAAGAAGAAUUUGUAUUAUACCUUUGCUGGUUUCAGGGAACAAACUAUAUAAAUGAAGAUUCGUUAUCA